AUGAAAAGUGACGAUGAACGAGCGGUGGCACAGCAUUCUCUGAAGCCGAGAAGAUCCAAGUCCCGUGAGGUUUGCUCUCGCUUCCUUUCUCCAACCUCAACACCGCCUCAUGAUUCUGGACUCGGGUCUCCAAACAAAGCCUUGUCCCCUCGCCGACGCAAAUCCACCUCCAUUGACACGAGAAAACAUCGCAGCCUUGAAGAGCCCAGCGGCUUACUUCGAGGCCUAUGGCCUUCAUCCACCCCUUCUACCUCUUCAACAUCAAAUGGAAAACUCGAUACUCUGGCCGAUCAUCUUGGAAACGAGAGGCUUAACGAUUUUCUCGAGCGAAAAAGCCAUGAGCAAAGAACGAAUAACGGAUCCUUUUCACUUAGUAGGCAAAGAAGUCAUACGGAAUUCAGUAGGUUUGUUGAGAAUGAGAAACAAAGUGCUAAAGAAAAUCACAGACCUUCUCUUGGUCUUGGGGGAUCCAUGAGGUACACGGCUAAGCUUGGGUUUCCCAAAAAACCAUCGUCGUCGUCAACAUCAUCAUCUUCUUCCCCAAAUAUUUUGCCUGGAAGAUUUUCUGUCGAUGAGAAUGUUCUUUACAAAAGAUCAUCAUCAUCAUCUCAAAAGAAAUCAGAUUUUUGGACGAAUGAUAAUUUUGUUCUUGAUUCUGAAUCUGAGUUUAGUGACCAAUGUUCAGCCUCAAAUAAUAAUUCUCCAGCCAUAACAAAAACUAAUUCUUCUCUGAGUUCUAGAAAAUGUGGUAUAGAUGUUUCUUCCAAGUAUUUGCAAGAGGUACCGACAAGGAAUAGACCAAGAGGCACUACUUCGGAUUCAAAUAUUCUUAAUCCGGUGUCAGCUGAUAGUUCUCCAAAGGUGAACAAAAAGUUUACCAUUAAAAACGCCAUAAGAAGGGCUAAUUCACUCACAGGACAUGGUACUGCUACUUCACAGUGGGCGUUAUCACCAGGACGGUCAGGAUCUCCACCAAUGUCAGUUGAAAACAAGGUUGUCAAGCCAAUGUCAUUUUCGAGUUUGAAACCGCCUACUAGUCCUUCCAGAAACAGGGGCGUGGAGAAAUUGUUGAAUUUGGGAUUAAUGGAUUUGUUCAAGAGUAAGAAGUCUUCCGCUUUGCAAGUGGGUUCGGGUGAUGUGGAAAGUGUUCAUCAACUGAGAUUGAUCCAUAACCGUUUGAUGCAGUGGCGUUAUGCAAAUGCUAGAGCUGAUGCUGUGAAUAAGAACACUAGUAAUCAAGUUGAGAACUAUCUGUUAUCUGGGUGGAAUAGUCUUGUGAAAGUGCAACAUUCAGUGCUACAAAAGAAACUAAAGCUUCAGAAGGAAAAGCUUGAGAUCAAGAUGGACUUUAUACUUCAAUCUCAAAUGAAGGCAUUGGAAUCUUGGGCGGAUGUGGAAAGGCAACAUCUAGCAUCUAUUUCCAUGACUAAAGAAUGUUUGCAUUCUGUUGUCAGCAAAGUGCCCCUUAUAGAAGGAGCAAAGGUUGACGCACAAUCAGCUUCAAUGGCACUUCGACAUGCAUCAGAUCUCACUGUUUCGAUCAAGUCAAUGCUAUCUGCUUUCUCACCAGCGACUGAGAAGACCGUGUCAUUGCUUUCGGAAUUAGCAGAGGUGGUUGCACAAGAAAAGCUACUAAUAGAGGAGUGCCUCGAACUUUUCAGGAUGAUAUCUAUCUUAGAGACUCAAGAGAAGAGCUUAAUGUGCUAUGUUAUUCAACUAAAUUCACGGCAAAGGCAGAUGCAGCAGCAGCAACAAGUGCAACAAGAAAUCCUUCAAUGA